GUCCCCACAAUUACCGGUACACCGGUCUUUCUUCCUUGUAUCACAACAAAGCAUUCUGGGAUCGAGAACAAUGGGUCACAGUUACUAAUAUUAGUAGAAAUAUUGAUUUAUUAAUUAUUCGUUACUGAAGAUGAAUGUGCUCAGAUUUUGUUUUUCGGGAUUUCUUCUGCACUGUGCAUUGAUUUGCCAGAUACACUGUAACGUUGUUGUGUUUGUUCACGUUGAUCAAGUUGUCAUACACAACACAACAGCCGCCACGGACCGAUGUCACAACAGGGAUAACAACUGUGGCUUCCAUAUAAACCUCUGUAUAAAAGACCAUGAUUUUCAGUGUGACGAGUCGGCCCGGGCCUGGGUGAACAUGACAGGGUACCAGUCUAGAGUUCUAGGACGGAACAUAGGGGACAGGUUCAACCCACUGGAGAUGAACGCCAACCACACGAUGGGCCCGUCCUCCAUUCUCCAAGUAUCUGUUUACAACAACGACUCCUCCAGACUUCUACUGGAACAGACUCUGAAUGGGGCGGACCAGUGGACGAACGGAAGUCAGUAUAUACUGUACAACGAUCAGUACAGGACGUUCGCUCUCCACAACAGCAUCAUCAGUGUGACUCUGACAUCCUGGUUCUUUUGCGCCGAAGGAUACCAUGGACCAAACUGUUCCGUGUAUUGUCCCGGCGACCCGCACAGAUGUAUAGUAAACGGCGUCCAAUAUUGUAAAAACGGAUGGCAGGGUCAGUAUUGUGAAAACAACGUCGAUGAAUGCCACUACGCAUGUGCCAACUUUUUCGGGCAGUGUCAAGACACUAUUGGCGGCUUCCGGUGCCACUGUGGAGAUUUUGCUUUCGGCGAGCAAUGCAUCAUGGACAGGGACGAAUGUGAAGAACAUCCAUGCAACACUGGUCAAUGCAUCAACACUCUGGGUGGCCAUAACUGUUCUUGUCCAGCGGAUGUUACGGGUGUCCAUUGUGAAGAAUUAGUUGCCACCACGUGUUCGCCUUCAACCUGCUACAAUAAUGGCGCCUGUUCCGUUUCCAAAGGAAAAGCGCGCUGUUCUUGUCGUUUUGGACAUGUAGGCCCAGAUUGCUCCAUUGAGUGCAGGAUGGAUUGUCUAAAUGGUGGGAAGUGUGUUCGCGCUCCCCUGGGGUCUCCGAAAUGUGCAUGUCCACCCGGAUAUCAAGGCGUAUCAUGCGAGGUUCAAGACUUGUGCUUCAAUCAUGUUUGCCACAACAUGGGUACAUGUGUGCAAAACGGAUCCACCGUGAACUGUCUCUGUGAUAAAGGAUCUUACGGGGCUCAGUGUGAGUUUUACGACAAGUGUUAUGAUUCCCCUUGUAAGAACAAUGGCGACUGUAAAAAGCUAUCCAGAGGACAGUACCAUUGCAUAUGCCCUUCAACUUGGACGGGUACGAAUUGCCAAAUUUAUAAUUGUAAGCACGCAUCUCCAUGUCAAAACCAUGGGACGUGCUUACCAGUUCAGACAAGCCUAGGAUACAAAUGCGCCUGUCCUCCAUCUUGGUAUGGCGAUCUUUGUGAACUUAACAACGCAUGUGUGUCAGAUCCGUGUCAAAAUUCCGGAACUUGCGUCAACGUCCUCAACGAUUAUAAGUGCAAGUGUGCGAAAGGUUUUAUGGGACGGAAUUGCCAGCAUCGCGAUUUGUGUUAUUGGGGUGGAAAGCCAUGUGUGAACGGCGGAAACUGCAUUGUAAAUACUAACGUUUGCAACUGUUCACAAUCAUGGAUCGGUGUUCAGUGCGAAACCAACAUAAAUGAAUGCUUGUACAAUCCAUGCGGGGUAUUUGGGACUUGUACAGAUUCUGUCGGCGGUUACAACUGCGCUUGCACUACCUCGUGGACUGGCAAGAACUGUGAUGUUCACAUGAGUUCAUGCACAUAUCAUCCCUGCAGGAAUAAUGGCACGUGCACGGAUUUUGAUAACACGUAUAUCUGUGCGUGCAACUCACAAUGGACCGGACGAAACUGUGAAAAAGAUAUCAACGAAUGCACGAUGUCCUCUCCAUGUCGAAACGGGGGGACCUGUUCUAAUUACCCAGGGGGUUAUUCGUGUGGAUGUCCCAACGGUUGGACAGGAAGACAUUGUGAAAACGAUAUCGACGAAUGCCAGCAGGCGAGUUCCUGUCCUUCGCAUACUUUAUGUAGCAACGCGCUUGGCUCUUACGAGUGUUUAGACUGUUCCAGGUACACGUGUUAUCACAACACACACUGUAUGAAUACGAUUACUGGUCCACGUUGCAACUGUUCCUCGACGGCGUGGACAGGACGACAAUGCGACAGUAAAGACUUCUGUCGCGAAACUUGCACAACCUUGGAAAUACGCAACAAUCAUUGUCCCAGUCGAUGCGGUCAGUACAGUGAAUGUAUCAACAAGGAGGACGGCUACUCCUGCCAUUACGAUCCGUGCAAAAGCAACCCGUGCCAACAUGGUGGAAACUGCUUCAAAUCGCAUAACGACUUCAACUGCAAGUGUGACAUCAAUUGGGCCGGAAAAGCGUGCGACCAGGUUAACUAUUGCGCCACGAAUCCUUGCGAACAUCGGGGUAUUUGUGUUAACUUAUUGGACGGGUAUCGCUGUGACUGUACACCGGACUGGAUAGGCACGAAUUGCACGGACGUCAAUUACUGCUAUCCGAAUCCGUGUCAGCACGACGGAGCGUGCACGUCGUUAACAAACGCGUUUGCAUGUCUCUGUUCAACUGAAUGGACUGGCCAUUUGUGCGAAAAGCGCAAUUACUGCAGCACCAGCCCUUGUCGGAACGAUGGCAUCUGCAUCAAUGGUCUAACCUCGUACAGCUGCAACUGCACUGACAACUGGAUAGAUAGGGAUUGCGCCCAAUACGACUACUGCUCAUCCAGUCCCUGUAAAAACCUCGCGACGUGCAAGAAUAAAAUUGGUAACUUUGAAUGUGUAUGUCACGAGGGCUUUACAGGUGCGACAUGUGCAUUGGCCAUUGACCAUUGUCUUUCCUCGCCCUGCAGAAAUAACGCAACAUGCACGAAUAACCCUUAUGGAUAUUACUGCAGAUGCGCUAGUGGCUACAUGGGUCAAGAUUGCGGCCAGGACCUGGACGAGUGUAAACUCAAUAUGUGUCCCCCACAUUCCACCUGCUACAACUAUGAUGGCGGAUUUGAGUGCCGCUGGAGUAAACGAUCUGCUAGAGAUGUCAGUCCAAAACACCAAGUCACAAAAUACAGUUUAUCUACUUAUUUGAAAGAGGAGCUGAAAAAUGAAAGCAGACGUGCCAUAGCAACAAUAGAAGGUGCCUUAACCAAAGCGAUAUGCAGCAAUACCAAGGGCCACCUUCAUCCAUAUUCAGUGGCAUUUAAUGGGCAAGUUAUGUCAUUUACAUUUGAUAUUAAGUGUGAAGAAGGAGAACGGAGUAAUGUAGAUUCCAACGACAUCCACCUUUUCUGUGAUGACAUCGAUGAUUUCUGUCAUGACAUCCUUAAGAAUGCAGUUCUCAAUGCAAAUUAGAGUUAUCUCGCUUGAUCCCUACCACUGUUGUAAAGGAUACGAAAUAAAUCGUAUAAAUUUGA